AUGGCCGGGCUUCAGCCCGAUAUCUAUGCAGCGCUCAGCAUUACCUGGGUCGCAGCUUUUCUAGCCCUUGUAAUGCGAAUCAAAGCCCGGAAGAUGAUGAAGACGAAACUGUGGAUCGAUGACUAUUUUGCCAUUGUCGCCUUGUUUUUUAUCACGAGUUAUUGUUCUGUGAUUAUUUACUGGACCCAUAGCUUCAAGCUCGGACAGUCUCUCAGCACGAUAUCAGAUCCGGUCGAAGCCAGCCGCAUCCAGGACCGAUCACGACUCCUACUAUGGAUCUGCGAACUCCUCUAUGCCUCAUCGAUCGCCUUUUGCAAACUGGCUAUUCUAUGUUUUUACUGGCGGGUGUUCCAGUAUACCUCGAUUCGAUAUGCGAUCAUAGGCCUGCUCGUUGCUGUAAGCAUUUGGAUUGUGAUUCGUACUUUUUUCGUUAUAUUCCAUUGUGUUCCAGUUCAGGCAUAUUGGGACAAGAGUAUCCAAGGCGCGAAAUGUCCCUUCAACGAGGCAAACUUCUUCUUUGCCACGAUUCUCGUACACACGACGAUGGAUUGUAUCAUCCUGAUUUUGCCAGUUAUCGAAGUCAUGAAGAUGAGUUUGCCAUUGUCGCAAAAGCUGGCUGUGGUUGGCCUUUUCACCUCUGGAACUAUAGUUUGCGUUGCGUCGAUAUUUGUCUUGGUGCAUUCCAAACUAUAUAAUCCUCGAACCGACGAUAUUCCCAAAGACAUGGCAGCGAAUAUGAUGUGGUCUACUGUGGAAACUAAUAUGGCAGUCUUUUCAGCCUGUCUCCCCAUGCUUCGACCCAUCUUUCGUCACUUCCUUCCUGGGCUCUCAACGAGAGAAGAAUCAGCGCGAGCACCGAUAAGCUUGACAAAUGUUGGGCCACAUCCUAUAGUGAGAACUCAAUCACAGUUGAAGAAACAAGAGUUUCGAAGGUCUGGUCGCUCUGGUCUAUAUGAUCCAGAGCUAGGUGUGUUUCAUGGAUUUUGGGAUAUAUCAAGUAUCAGAAGCGUAGGCUCAAGGUCAGAAAGCGGCGCCACAUAG